CGGGAAGGCGGAGCUUGGAUGGCCCGGAGGCGGGGCUGAAAGUUCCUUGUGCCGAGGGGGAAAGACAGGAGCCACGCAGCGGAUCGCGGCCUCAUGGACCCCAGGACGGUGACCCUGAUGGCUGGCCUCUUCUCCACGCUCAACAGCAUUCAGUUCCUGAUCUUCGACCUCUACCAGCUCACACACAUCGGCUACGAGGACAAAUACAGCAUCUACCUGGACACGAGCUCUAAGGCCGUGUCGUGGUUCCUGAGCUACCGGAGCAGCGUGACCAGCGUGAUGGCCCUGGUCACCGUCGCCAUGGGCUGCGGCCUCCUGUGCAGCGUGCACCGCAACAGCUACCUGGGGCCGCUGCUGUACGCGCUGUGGAUCGUGGCCUACGAGCUGGCCACCUUCUCGCUGCUGCUGCUCUGCAGCGGCCUCGUGCACCGGCGCUUCGGCGCGCUGCCGCGCCUCUACCUGGUGCUGCAGGGCUCGCGCAUGGCGCUGCACUUCGCCUGCCUGCCCGCGGUGCUGCGGCACGCCUACGAGCUCUUCAAGGCCUUCAGGGUGGUCAACAAGGUCAGCCGCCGCCGCCGCUCCUCUGUCAGCACCGUGGACUCGUUUGGGGCGACGGGUCUGAGGCUCAUGUACCGCAGGCUCACCUAG